AUGCCAAAAGCUCUAAACACCGCGAAGGGCGGUGGUGUCGCCUCCGGCAAGUUGAAGAGGAAAGAGGAACUCCUGUCAUUCGCCUCGGACCUCCGCAAACGUCUUCCUACCGACAAGAACGACUCAGUGGCGUCGCAGGCGUUGCUCAACAGGAUCCAACAGCAUAUCCAGUCCCUCGAAAAGUUCUCAGACAAGCCGCAGCAUGAUAUGCUCCACGACCGGGGGUUCGAGGAGGAAGGAACUGCACUCUGGAAUCUAUAUCAAGAUGACGUCCAGAACGCCAGGCUGGCUUUGCAGAAAGCCGCAGACUACCAUGGCCGACUACAGAGCAGUACACAAACAAUGCAGCCGGAAGAUGCCCACCAAACCGUAGAGAUGGAGGCCGAAUGGACUGCGUUACGGAUUGGACUGGCCUGGAGAGAAAAUCAGCUCGAUGUUGCCGAGCACCUUGUCCCCCAAGCGAGCGACUUAAUGCACAGGAUCAAGCCGAGUUCAGCAAGCAACAUCAUCGAUACUUACUUCCAGAUCGGCCAGGAAAUGCUCUCCAAGGGGGAUCUGCCCAUGGCCGAAAAGUGGCUUCAGCGGGCUUGGGACGCUAUCAAUAGUCAGAGACUACAGGAACUGCCGCGGGACGCAGUAGAGCUCCGCAUGGCAAUCCUUCAGUCCCUCGUUACCGUUCUUCUUAGCCUCCAGACGAUCGACAGUAAAGACAAAGCCCAAGACCUCGUAAGAUACGUCGAGUCCGAAAUUGGUGAUCAGCCGAUCGUCUUGCUGCUGAACCUGGAAAUUCUCAAUAGGUCGCCGGCAGAGGUCUUUGACGCUGAGGCAUACGGCAAUAUACUUCGAAGAAUGAUUCGGAGUUUUCAGGCUAGCGAAUCUAGAUUCAAAGUUCUGGCCCACCACAUCCGACGGGUCUAUGGUAAAAGCCCAGGUCUUGGCUGUGUCCUUCUCGACGAAUUUCUGUCUUCCUUAAUUAAGACGGGCCAGAGUGUCUGGAUUGAGAGGACGGUGGUCACUCGGAUAUUCAUGACGACAAGUCAGCGAGACUUCGCUGGAGGCAUCGAAGAAGCCGAGAAGUCCCUGUCGAGGCUUGAGCCCAUCGGCCCCGACGCCAGCUUUUCAGCGCAGACCUUGAUCUGGAAGAAGGUCGAAGCCAAUUACAACAAAGGCCAGUACGCAAUGGCCGAGAGGUGGUGUCGAUUGGCGCUGAACCCAGUAUUUACCAAUUCUGGGCCUCUGAAUAGCAUGAAGAUCCAGAGAAAGCUUCUCCUAUGCGCCUUGGCGCAGAAUGAUGUCGAUGCUGCCAGAUCAGUAUUCUGCACAAUGACACUGGAUGCGCAGAAAGAACCCAUGACGCAGUACUUGAUGUACAAGACGACAGUGCGAAGUGGUGAUCGGGAAUCGGCAGCAGAGCAUCUCGAAGCGGUCGCAAAGGCGUCACCCACGCAUAUGCAUCUACUAUAUGCCUGUGUCGCAGAAUCUAGACAAGGGGACGACAGACUCGUUGCUGUUGAUGCCUUGAAAAAGGUAGCAGAAACGUGUGACUUUCGACAUCCAGGGCCAGUCCACUUACCAGCUCUCCUGCGCACUACGAUCAUGUUGCUUCACGGACUUCUAGAGGGCAAUGGCGAGGCGCAGCAACAGUCGACUAUCAACGAUAUUUGUAACGCUUUCAAUGCAGUGGCCACAGCAGCUCACAAAUCACCAGAGGACGCGGGCGGGAAGAAGCUCUUCGAUGUCAGAGAGCUGGAGUGGUUCUGCCAGAACUCAUACAAUCUUGGCUUGAAACAUGCAGGUGAUUGGAGCCUCCAGAACGUUGUCCAAAUCCUGACAGCAUGCUUGAGCAUAAUCCAAGCCUUCCCGAGUGACGUGGGAGCAGAAGUGGCCGCAGACUUGGCCCUCAAGUCCAUAUUUUGUAAUUUUCUGAUCUCGUCAGCACUUGUGGCCCUCGCUCGAUCACAGGACAAUUUAGAGGAGCAACUGCAAAACUAUCUCCUCAUGCGCAGACAUGUCGCGGCGGCUGACACGAGCAUCCAGGAGCGAAUGGAGAGCCAGACCCUUGAUGAGAUCGCAUCAAGAGACCUUCUCAGUAAGCUUGCACUGCUGCUGGCGUUCGACUUUGAGGCAGCAGUGGCUUUGAAGUGUUGGAAGGACCUGGGAGAAGUUGUGAUCAAGGCGAGUGCCUGCCAGAAUAUCGAGUCCUUCAAGACGAUGGCAGGCUGCAUUUUACAGGCUAGUGUCCCAACUGAAGACCUUUUCAGUGUCCUACGCAAUAUCAUCAAUCAGAUCUCGGCACUAGAACCAACUGAUCCGGCUAAGCUCGCCAAGUACACCACCUGUCUGUUCCAGGUCGUUGCCCCGAGCAAUGACGAUCUCGCGGGCAUGUUGCUCGAAGAGGCGCUCAGUAUGGCGAGGGAUGCUCACGGGGUGAGUUACACACCGGCGGCAUGGCCCUCGAAAGAACUAGAGUGGAUAGUUGCAACGGCUUAUAAUCAUGCCGUUGACUUGUGGGGACGGGAUCAGAAGGAGAAAUGGUUGUGGUGGGCCCAAAAAGCCAUAUCGAUUGCCCAUUUUUGCGACGAUGGGGGACAUCUGGAAGGGCAGCUGCAGCGCAAAUGCGCGAGGCUGCAACUGGACGAGAAUGGCGACUAG